CGGGAGUCGGCGCCGCUCCCCGCCUCCCUGUCAACUGAGGGACCGGAACCACAGGACGGGGCCGAGCUGAGGGAGCGGCUCCCGCGGAGAACAGUACCGGCGGCGGGUGCCCGCAGAGCGAUGGCGGCGUCGGCGGCGGUGCAGGCACUGAGCGAGAACCCGGAGGCGCUUUUCCUCGACGCUUCCGAGUUGUUGCUGCGAUAUGCGGACAACAUUCUGCGGAACCCAAAUGAAGACAAAUACAAGUCAAUUAAGAUUGAAAAUCAAACCUUUUCAAACAGAUUGCUGCCAGUCAAGGGAGCUGUUGAGUGCCUUUUUGAAAUGGGAUUUGAGGAGGAGGAAACACAUCUUGUAUUUCCUAAAAACGGUUCAGUACAAAGGCUGCAAAGAGUGAGAGAUCUAAUUGCUGCUGAAAGGAGUCGAAGGACAGCUGCUAAGAACCCAGGCCCUGUAUCAACACCGGUUUCAACUUCUGCUCAACCAAGUGUGCCUGGAGUCUCCUUCCGUGCAUUGCCAUUUUUCAAUAGAACACCUCGGCCACCUCCAGUUCAGAAUUCUGCAGGGAAUCUUUUGGCAACUUUAAAAACGCAUUUUCAGGAGGUCUUGAUGUAUGAGGAUCCCAAACUCCAGCAAAAAGCCUUGGCCUGUAUUCCUGUCCAAGAACUGAGAAAAAGAGCAAAUGAGAAGUUAUUAAGUGCUACAAAACUGGAUCCAGGGACAAUAGUAAACCAGGAAGACUUUUUGUUGCUGGAGCUCCUACGGUGGUUUAAAGAAGAUUUUUUCCAGUGGGUAGACUGUCUUCCCUGUAGCACGUGCGGAGAAAGAACAGAAUCAUCUGGUUCACUUCCACCAUCCAGUGAAGAUCAAAGAUGGGGUGCUGGAAGAGUUGAAAAUCAUCUUUGUCGUAAAUGUCACACCAGCAAUCGAUUUCCAAGGUAUAACCAUCCAGAGAAAUUACUGGAAACCAGAAGAGGGCGGUGUGGAGAGUGGGCCAACUGCUUCACACUUUGCUGUAGAGCCCUGGGAUUUGAAGCAAGAUUUGUCUGGUGUACAACAGAUCAUGUGUGGACAGAAGUUUAUUCGGUCUCCCAGAAAAGGUGGUUGCACUGUGAUCCCUGUGAAAAUGUCUGUGACAAACCACUCCUCUAUGAAAUUGGAUGGGGAAGGAAGUUGUCUUAUAUUUUUGCGUUUUCAAAGGAUGAGGUGGUUGAUGUUAGCUGGAGAUAUUCAUGCAAGCACACAGAGGUUCUGACUCGCAGAACACAACUCAGUGAAGGAUUGUUACGAGAAACCAUUAAUAAAUUAAAUUCUGAGAGAAAACACUUCCUUCCACAAGAGAGGAAACAGGAACUUUUGGAACGGUACAUUGUUGAACUUGUUGAAUUCAUUUCACCAAAGACUCCUAAGCCAGGAGAACUUGGUGGAAGGACAUCAGGUUCUGUCAUGUGGAGAGUAGCUAGAGGAGAAACUGGACCCCAGGCUCAGAACGAUGGAUUUAGUUUCACAGCAACUGACAAAGAAAAAGCAGCAAAGUUAUUUCAUCUCAAAUAUAAUGCAGCUGAAGAUCACUAUGUCCGAGUCUCCAACAAUAAUGAAGUCAUUAAAGGCUGGGAAAAAGGUGUAUGGAAAAUGGAUUCUGUGUUUCGAAAGGUUGAACAAGAUUGGAAAAUGGUGUACAUUGCUCGCACAGAAGGUACAACAUCUGCCAAAGUCAGCUGGAAGUUUGAAUGUGGAUCACUGGGUCUGAAGAUAGUUGAUGUUACCAUUCGAUCCACCAGCCAGACAUUUCAAUCUGGAAAAGUUCAAUGGCAUCUAUAUUCAGAUUUGAUCAAAGUAGAUUUAAGUGGAGAUCCGAGUGCUCAUUCACUCAGUAAUUUUAAUGGAUCUACUGAACUAAUUUUGGAAGCUGAGAUGAGUGGUGGUGAUGGCGAUGUUGCGUGGCAGCAUACUCAACUCUUCCGACAAAGCUUGAAUGAUCAUCAAGAGUACCCUAUGGAAAUCAUAAUAACACUGAAGGAUCUUUAGAGUAAAGAUGAAUAUCAAUAGCAGCAACUGAAGUUUUAGAAUUAUUAAGACCAUGUAUUUUUUUAUUGAUGCAUUAAGUCUUUACAGGAAUUUGCACUAAGAAUAUUUUCAACGCCAAACUUUGAAUCUUGAUUGGGACUGAUGAGAACACUUGUCCAAAGGAGAAUAUAGGUAAAAUAUUAAGUAUACAAUUGCUUUCUUGUAUCAUUUGGUGAAUAAAAGUUGACUACUCAUGUUUUAUACAGUGUUUUCACAAUG